AUGGAACUUCGGCAUGGAUUCCGCUUGCUCAAGGCCUCCGUCUCAGAGAUAUUCGAUCAAGCACAACUACGAAUCGCAGGGCACAAUUACAUGGAAGUCGAAGAUUUCGAUCAGAUUGAUCACCCAGCAGGCUUUGAAAAGGCCCCACGAUUUAUAACCAGAAACUUUCGCAGUGCAUUGAUUGGAUCUUUUCUCAUUGCUGCACUCCUUUCAGGCAUUUUUAUUCCAAUAUAUACCAUCAUUCGAGUUAAAGAAAGAGGAACGGCAAUUGAAAGAGGCGGUCCUUUCCCUCCUAGGCAAUUCGAGCAAAUCACUUUCCAUGGUCUUAAUGGGAACAAUAACGUCUGGAACAACGUUCUACCUGUGGGAGCUGGAUGGGUCGUCAUUGAUGAUCCUGAGGGCUACAAUCUUCCUCCUGGACUUCCACUCAAUGGGCACUAUAAUAAAUACGGACUUAGCUGGGCUCACCAAUACCACUGCCUUAGGAGGCUACGCCUUGAGUUUUGGGUUCUGAUCGAGAAUCGAAGUACACUUGUCAGUGUCCAGCUCGACGAAACUGAUGUUAUACCAGAGGUCCACGAGUUAAAACACCUUGAACAUUGUCAUGAAUAUCUGUUCCAAGCUAUCCUCUGUAAUAUGGACAUGACUAUUGAGUACUCUACAGGUGAUGGUAUCAGUCACGGCACGAUUGAUGGACUCGGAAUAAGUCACACCUGCACCAAGAGGUUCUCUGCCCAAAUGCUAUCCUCAAAUAUGUAG